AGACAGUCUGCACUGUGUCCCAUGGCUCUACAGGAGCUCGGUAUUAGCCUGUCCAUGAUUGGCGUUGCUGGGACCAUCCUGAUCUGCGCUCUGCCCAUGUGGAAGGUGACGGCAUUCAUCGGCACCCAUCUGGUGGUCAUGCAGGUGUUCUGGGAAGGUCUGUGGAUGACCUGUGUCAGUGAGUACACAGGUCAGCUGCAGUGUAAGCUUUAUGACGCCCUGCUGGACCUGGCACCAGACCUUCAGGCAGCCCGCGGCCUCAUCUGCAUCAGCCUGGUGCUGGGAUGUUUGGGAUUCCUCAUCUUCCUCCUGGGAGCACGCUGCACCAACUGCUUGAGUCACCCGAGGAUCAAGGCUCGUUUGGUGGUGAGCUCUGGGGCCAUCUUCUGCCUUGGGGCUCUCACCACCAUAGUUGCUGUUUCCUGGACGGCCAACUCCAUCAUUACUGACUUCCACAACCCACGUGUCCCUGAGGUGUUGAAGAGGGAACUUGGAGCAGCCAUAUAUAUUGGUUUUGUGACAUCUGGGCUGCUGUUCUGUGGGGGGGCCAUUCUGUGCACAAGCUGCCCACCACAGAGGGCCAGGUUAGCCUCCAGUGGGUACACACUGGCCAGGACAAACACACACAGCAGUUAUGCUAUCAAGAACUAUGUGUGAAGUGAGGACUGAGGGCGGAAUACAUAUCAGUGUUUAAAACAAGUUAUCACUGUAUUGAACUGUGUGAUAUAAUGCAAUUGGUCAUGUAUCAAUAAUUUACAGUUCAUAUAUUUUAAAAAAGGCAACAUGUUUAAAUAUAUGAAAAGACUCAAAAAGUAUGCUUUGCAAAACAUUUUAAUAUGUUAUUUCUCUUUUGGGUGAGUGGAUUUGACCAUUAUCAA